AUGUCUCUUUACAAAGGAAGAAUCCAUUCUCUUCUGUCUCUCCACGUCUAUAUAAUUUAGUUACAACCAUAACCAAGUCUCCACAUCUUUCGUAUAAUCAAACCAAGGUUCUUCUAAUUUCUCCAAAAAUGUUGAAGCCACAGGUUCUCCAAACUCAUAACUCCUCCAGAGCCCUUUUCCUGCUCCCAAAACCAUUUAUCCAUGGAAAUGGCCAAGUCUGUCUCCCUGUCCUUUCGAGGUCCUCAUCUAGUAAAACGCAUAGAAAGGUUAGAGUUGGCUAUAAACCUGGAAAUGUUAAAGCCAUAGCGAACCUUACACAAACACAACAGUCUACUAAAGUGAAAGCUAUAGUGACUGUCAAUCGAACUGUUGGAGGGUUCUUGUCCAAUAUAGGGAUAAAUAGAGGACUUGACGAUAUAACUGACUUGCUUGGCAAAUCUCUCCUUUUGGAGCUUGUUAGUGCAAAUCUCGAUACCAAGACGGGAUUGGAGAAGGGGACGAUAAAAGGAUAUGCUCACCGGAAAGAUAAGCAUGGAUCAGAAAUCCGGUAUGAAGCAGACUUCGUAGUUCCUGAUAGUUUUGGAGAAGUAGGAGCUAUUUUAGUUGAAAAUGAGCACCAUAAGGAGAUGUUCAUCAAGGACAUAACCCUUGACGGCUUCCUUGCUGGUCCUGUUCAUCUGGCUUGUGAUUCCUGGGUUCAGGCCAAGUCAACCGACAAGCGGAAAAGGCUUUUCUUCACUAACAAGUCAUACUUGCCAUCACAAACGCCAGAUGGACUAAGAAGGCUGAGAGAAGAAGAGCUUGUUCUUCUGAGAGGCGACGGUCAAGGAGAGCGCAAGAAAGGCGAGAGAGUAUACGAUUACGACGUCUACAAUGAUCUAGGCGACCCUGACAAUGACUCAGACACUAAAAGACCGGUGCUUGGCGGCAAACAGCUUCCUUACCCUAGACGCUGCAGAACAGGAAGGCCAAGGUGCAAGACGGACCCAUUGUCGGAGUCGAGGAGCAGUUCCGUUUAUGUGCCUCGAGACGAAGAAUUCUCAGAAGUGAAGGAGCUCACUUUCUCCGCCAAGACACUUUACUCAGCUUUGCAUGCGGUGCUUCCCUCAAUAGAGACUUCAAUAGUAGACUCCACCCUUCCAUUUCCAUUUUUCAGUGAAAUAGAUGAUCUGUUCAAUGAAGGAGUCAAUUUACCUCCUCUUAAAGGCCAAGGCUUGAAACAUAUUCUGCCUAAUAUUAUUAAGGCUAUCGGAGAUGAAGCUGACAGCAUCUUGCGUUUUGAGACCCCGCAAACUAUGGAGAGAGACAGAUUUUUUUGGUUAAGGGAUGAGGAAUUCGGUAGGCAGACUCUUGCAGGACUCAACCCAUUGAGCAUAAAAUUGGUCACAGAAUGGCCAUUGAAGAGUGAACUUGAUCCUGCAGUGUAUGGCCCUCCAGAGUCAGCAAUCACUACAGAAUUGAUCGAGGAAGAAAUCAAAGGGUUUUGUACAGUUCAUGAGGCUAUAAAACAAAAGAAGCUGUUUAUCCUUGACUACCAUGAUUUGUUUUUACCAUAUGUGAGCAAAGUAAGAAAGCUUGAAAAUACAACACUUUACGCUUCUCGGACGCUCUUCUUCUUAACCCCAACACACACAUUGCGUCCACUGUGCAUUGAGCUUACUCGCCCGCCAAUGGACGGGAAGCCGCAGUGGAAAGAAGUGCAUAGACCAACUUGGUAUUCCACAGGCGCUUGGCUUUGGAAGCUUGCCAAAGCUCAUGUGCUUGCACAUGAUUCUGGAUAUCACCAACUUAUUAGCCACUGGUUAAGAACACAUGCUUGCACUGAACCCUACAUAAUUGCAGCCAAUCGUCAACUUAGUGCAAUGCAUCCAAUUUAUAGACUCAUGCAUCCUCAUUUCCGAUACACAAUGGAAAUAAAUGCUCUGGCUCGAGAAGCACUUAUCAAUUCAAAUGGGAUUAUUGAGUCAUCAUUUUCUCCUGGCAAGUAUUGUAUGGAGAUGAGCGCUGUUAUUUAUGAUAAGCUGUGGAGGUUUGAUCAGCAAGCGCUACCCAAAGAUCUAAUUAGCAGGGGAAUGGCUGUUGAAGACCCAUCUGCUCCACAUGGUUUAAGACUAACAAUUGAAGACUACCCAUAUGCAAACGAUGGAUUAGUUUUAUGGGAUGCCAUCAAAGAAUGGGUUAGUGACUAUGUGAAUCACUACUAUCCACACUCAAGUUCGAUAGUGAACGAUACUGAGCUGCAAGCAUUCUGGAGAGAAGUUAGAACAAUCGGACACGGUGACAAAAAGAAUGAAUCGUGGUGGCCUGAGCUGAAAACACCUCAGGACCUGAUAGAAAUUAUUACAACAAUUGUAUGGGUAGCCUCCGGUCAUCACGCGGCAGUCAACUUUGGUCAAUACACAUUUGCAGGUUAUUUCCCAAAUAGACCUACAAUUGCAAGAAAAAUAAUGCCAACUGAAGAAUCAACCGAAGAAGAUUGGAAAUUCUUUUUGGAAAAGCCUGAAGCAGUACUUCUGCAAACAUUCCCUUCACAGGUUCAAGCAUCAAAAGUCAUGACUGUUUUGGAUGUUCUAUCUAAUCACUCUCCCGAUGAGGAAUAUAUCGGAGAGAAAAUAGAACCAUCUUGGAAUGAGGAACCUGUUAUAAAAGCAGCUUUUGAAAAGUUCAGUGGGAAGCUGAAGGAGUUAGAAGGAAUUAUUGAUGAAAGAAAUGCCGAUGUGCAUUUGAAGAACAGAAAUGGAGCUGGUAUUGUGCCUUAUGAGCUUUUGAAGCCAUUCUCAGAGCCUGGAGUUACAACAAAAGGAGUUCCUUACAGUAUUUCUAUAUAAUGUAAUCUUAUCUUAACUAUAAAUAAUGGUCCAGAAGCUCAAUGUGCAAAGAAAGCCGUUCAUGUUGAAAUAAUGAAAUUGCUAUAACAUUGGUUCCAAUGAGAGGUUAUUUUGUUGCUCAAA